AUGAGUUUCAAGUGUUCGAAUCAUAAGAAGUUAUAUUUGGACUUAUCAAGUCCUUAUUUUCGUACCUCAAUAUUCUGGCUAACUCCACAAUGCUUGUAUGGUCCAGAUCAACAUGGAACUCAUAAGGCAACAUCUUCAAAUCAGUUGGGAUACUAUUGCAAACUUGUUGAGUAUGAAUUAAUUAGAGAGGUUAUCCUUGAUUUGGCAUAUGAAUAUGAACUUAACCUGUUGACCAGCUACGAAGGUGAUCUUUAUUGUACAGUGGCUAGGAUAUGGACUGAAUGUCAUGUUUCUAAAGGAAUAGAAGAAACAUGUUUUUACAGUAAAGAAGAACUUGGAAAUAAAAUUAUGGAUGAUAUACUUUCGAUAUUACAUACACGGAUGGAAAAAAAGCUAAACGAAAGACUGGGAUUGUUCGGUGACCACAACCAAGAUCAAUCUGAAAGCAAUCACUCAGUUGGAGUUGAAAAGCUUCAAAAUAGGAAAACUAAACUUGCUACAGAACUUAGAAGGUUACAGGCAUCAUUCACAGAAAUCAUAUCAAGGAUAUACAGUAUAUCUUCCCGUUUGUUUCGUGAAUAUCGACACGUAGUUUGGCCACGAAUGAGUCACCAGGUAUUAGCAGUUUUAACUGAACAAGCCAAAGCCUUACUUUUACGCGUCAAAGUUUUGCAGAAAUCCAUUGAAUAUUCCACUUCACAACCUUCAGAAACUUUAGAUAUCCUGAAGAAAAUUCAUAUUUUUAUGAACGCGAAUACUAGUGGGGACGACCAAAUGUAUUUAAGCACAAAAUUAUAGAAUCUCUUAAUAAAAUCUGAGGACCAUACAGUAAACGCUUCAUUUGCAAAAUUUCAAUCAUUUGUCUCAGAAUUGAUUGUUCCUUAGUUUCCACACUAAUAACUCACUGUUCUCGUUCUCUUCGAUCUUCUUAACCUUCUACUGCCAGGCAUUUCACUUAUGACUGGUGAUACAUACUACUUAUAUCUUUCGACAUCAGUAACACACACCACAGUAUUACUUAUAUAUCACGACAGUAUUUGUC